AUGGCGCUCAGCAUCGGAGCAGUUGUUUCUGACGCAGUUCAGUGGCUGUCGACGGAGAUCCGCAAGACUCUCGACGAGGAGGUUCUCGGCGAGUCGCCUGCUCUCAGCUGUCCUCGCUCGCCCGACUCUCCGACGCGCGUCGCUUUCGGCGAAGAAGACCGUUUCUCCUCGCCAAGACAGCGCGUUGUCACGCGUGCGGCCUCCGUCUCCCUCGACUGCCUCGUGUGCUGGCAAGACGCUCUCGAGACAGCGCCCUGUUGCUCUGCGCCUUUCCUCGACGCCUCGUCAACGCCCUCAACCUGCGGAGACAGUCCCUGCGAGGCGGCGAGUCUGCGUGACAGGCAUCGUGCCACGCAGACGCGCAGCGACUCCUCGAGUUUCCGUGCCGAGAGGAACGCUUGCUCUCUCCAUGCGCACGCAGAGCGACGAAACUCGCCGUCCUUCGCAUGGGAAGAUCACGCGGAAAAACACGCGCGAGAAACAAACCCCUUCCCGGUCGACGAGGGCCUCAACCGCCGACUCUUUCUCCACUACGGAGAUCCCUGCACGCUCAAAGUCGACGCCAUCGUCUGCUUCAUCAAUGAGGCUUUCAAGCCCAUCGACAAACUUGGCACGCGAUUGGCUAUUAUCGGAGGCGACGAACUCGCCGACGAGGUGCGCCAUCUGGAACGGUGCAAAGCAGGCGAGGCGCGCAUCUGCCGCUCCUUCAACCUUCCUUCUUCCCACGUCAUCUACACAGUGGGUCCGCGCUUCAACAGCAAGUACAUCACGGCGACACACAACGCCCUCAACGGGUGUUUGCGCGAAUCGCUGUUGCUCCUCGACGAGAACGGCUUGACGACUGUCGCAGUGCCUCUCUACUCAGUCUCGGCAGCUCACAGUCGCCGUUCGUCGUCCCUCGCGAGCGCCGCGCUCCCACCCCACAGCUUGCGCCGCAUGCAGCGGCGCGAAGAGCCUGGAAGUCCCGGCGAAACGCGAGCCGCCCGCGAAGGGCGCGAGGCGCAUGCAGACGUGUGCCGCCUUGCAGGGGAAUCUGGCGACGAGGCUGACGCGUACGUUCACACCUCCUUGCGAACGCUGCGGAGGUGGAUGGAACGACUGCGGGAGAAACUCGACGCCGUCGUUCUCAUCGUCGACGACGUCCAGGAAAUGCGCGCCUGCGAAGCGUUCGUCAAACUGUACUUCCCCAGAAACGAAGCAGAAGAGGCGGAAGCGCUGUACGGCUUGCCGGAGGAGCUGGGCGACGCCUUCGGGCAGAUCGAAGUGGUGGAGCGGCGAAUGCGCGUCGGCCGGGAAGGGAGCGCGGCCUCGCAUGUGCAGUCUGGCGAGAUCACCGCGCAGUUCGGCAGCCUCUUUAUGCGGGCCUGCGAGAGCGACUCGGAGGACGGUGGGCUGUCUCCGCGAGAAGAGAACCGGAUUCUCAACUCUGCCGACGUUAGCUUCACGGACGCGAAGGCGUGCACCGAGACGGAGAGGCGCAUCAACGCCCUCAACGCCACGCAGGACCCGGCAGGCGUCGACAGCGAAGCGCUCUACCACCGCUACCUGCGGCAGGCCUCGGCGAUUGCGGACUGCGUCGCUUUCCAGCAACUGGACGCGAUCGGCUUUCUCUCGCCGCGCGGAACAGACAGAGCUGGACGCCCUCUCGUGGUCUUCUUCGCCGCGCUCUUCCCGUCUACGCCCGUCGAUGCGCACCUCGUGCUUCUCUACAUCAUCAAGACGCUCGAUCCGUACAUUCGCGACAAAUACACCCUCCUCUACGUCAACACCGAAGUUCACCACAGCCACAUGCCGUCGAUGGCUCUUUGGAAAGAGUUCUUCCACCUUUUUUCCCAGUACGAGAACACCCUGGAUCAGCUUCUCGUCCUUCAUCCCGGGUUCCUCUUCAAAGCUGCCUUCGCGUGCAUGUGGCCAUACCUCCCCACCAACCUCUGGCGCGGAACCUUUUAUCUCGACAGCAUUAAGGAUCUCUCGACGCACGUAGACGAGCGGCAGCUACGCCUGCCGAACUACGUCGUGGAAUACGACCAGCUGCCCCGGAAGCGAAUCCUCGGUUUGCGUCUCUGA